AACAAAUCUACAAACCUCCAAUAAAUCUACAAAUUGCAUAGAAAAUCAGCAACAUCAAGAUAUUUUCUCGCAUAAAUUGAAGCACGUCCCACGGUAUCGCACGGUAUACUUGAAUGAAAGGAAACGAUAGUUGAAUCGAAAUCAUUAAUCGUACUCCGUUCGCUUUCGCGAAGAAAGAAGAAUGUGAGAACACGUUCAUUUCCUCGAAUGUCAACAGCUUCUCGGGGCUCAUAUUUGUUCGCGUUGUUGCAUGUUGCUCGAUGCACGUCUGAUGCACCGCUGAUGCGCUUCUGAGUACACGAGGUAGAAAACGAACGUGACGACACGCCUCGCGAGACCACGUGCAUCAAGGGAUAACAAGAUCGUUCUUGUAACUAUCUAGGAACACGCUCGAUUGAUCGUGUACGGUCGGACAUACCUCAACGGCUAUUCUUAUAAAACUAUCGUCGACUGUUUUAUCUACGUUGUCUUUCUUCGAUUCGGUUAAAUUAAUUUACUUCGUGAUCAGACACUGUAGAGUUACGUUAAAGGACAGUUAUGUUCGAUCAGAUAUUGUAUAGUUACGUUAAAGGACAGUUAUGUUAAAGUUAUGUUAAAAGACAAGCAGGAGCUAUGUAUAUGUGUGAUCUUCAUAUGUGAGGAAUGUUGAAAAGAUUUUGGUACUUGAGGUCUGAGUAUUUAAGUAUGAGAAGCACCUAGAGACUUGAGUGUCUAAGAACCUUGAGUAUUUAAGGACCUGAGUAUCUAAGGAUCUAAGUAUCUUAAUGUCAGACGCACCUAAAGAGCUAAGUAUCUAAGAACCUGAGUAUUGAAGAACUUCAGUAUUUGAAGAUUUGACUGCCUACGAAGUUAAAUACUUAAAGAUCUGACCAUCCAAGAAACCAAUUAGCUGGAGAUUUAAGCAUCUAAGAAAUUAAAUGUGUAAAGAUCUGAAUACCUCAAGAUUCGUCUACCUAAGAAGCUAAAUACCUGAAGGUUUGACCAUCUAACAAGUUGAAUACUUAGAGAUCUGAAUAUCAGAAGAUUUGACCAUCUAACAAGCUAAAUAUUUAGAGAUCUGAAUAUCAGAAGAUUUGACUAUCUAACAAGCUAAAUACUUAAAGAUCUGAAUACCUGAAGGUUUCACCACCUCAGAAGGUAAAUACCUAAAGAUUUAACCACUUAAGAAGCUAAAUACCUAAACAUUUGACCACGUCAGAAGCUAAAUAUCUAAAGGUUUGACCACCUAAAAAGCUAAAUAUUUACAGAUCUGAUUACCUAAAGGUUUCACCAUUUAAGAGGCUGGGUACCUAAAGAUUUGAUUACCUGAGAAGCUGAAUAUUUAAAGAUUUGACCACCUAAGAAGCUGAAUAUUUGAAGAUCUGAAUAUCUAAAGAUUUGACCACCUAAGAAGCUAAAUAUCUGAAGAAUUGACUACCUAAAAAGCUAAAUUCCUACAGAUCUGAGAACCCAAAGAUUUGGAACCUAACCCAAGCUCAAGAUUACCUAAAGACCUCAGUCCAAGAGUACCUACGAAUCUGAGUAUCUAUGGAUCUAACUAUCUAAAGAUCAAAAGACUGUCUAAAAAUAUUAAUCUAUAAGUCUAAGCUUCAACCUAAAAUUGUUGAAUUUCAUAUCCGAGCUAUUAGCAACCUUACGACCUAGUUUCCAAUAGAACUCGAAGUCAGGAAAUUAUCUUUGAUCUGUCUCCAAUUUUUGUACUCAAACUUCAAUCCGCUAUCACAAAUGAUACCACUAAUUCACUCUAAAUCUAUGUAACACGGUUAUCGAGCAGUUGCAUCGAGCGAAACGUUACUUGUGCCGGUUACAUCAGGCAACGAAACAAAAGGUGUAUCGCGAGAGGAAUAUCAAUCCGACCCGUUGCAUAUGCAGCAGUAUUCAAUUAACGAAAGAAGAAGCUUAAUCCCCGUGCAAUUAGCAUCUAUUACUUGCCGAAACGUUUUACGAUCGAAUUAACGCAAAUCAAUCAUUUGCUUACGAACUCGAGUGUUCCGUUAAUCCGCGGGAAAUUAUAUGUCGUGAUAAACAGAUCAACACGAAUGCUGAGUGUAAUUACAGCGGUGUUUCUGCGUCGGGUUUGUGUGGCUCGAGUGGAAACGAUAAUUAGCGAUUGUCGGUUGUGUGCGUGAAUUGAUGGGAUUCGGAUGACGUUAACGGCAACGGGCAUCGACGUCAUGGCUUGUAUCAGAGCACCGAGAUCCGUUUGCGGAUCGAGUGACGACAUCAAAGCUGAUUCGACUCGGAAUGUCAUACAGAUCUACACGGAUUGGGCGAAUUAUUAUCUAGAAAGAGGUGGCUGUAAAAGAAGAGUGACGGAUCUUCAGACUGAUCUCUGCGACGGUGUUCUUCUAGCUGACCUAGUUGAGGCAGUCACCAACCAAAAGGUGAUCGACGUUAACAGGAAGCCGAGAAACGCUCAACAAAUGGUCGAGAACGUGAGCCUUUGCGUAGGGGCGCUCCGAGCUCUCGGGGCAGACGUGGGUUCCGUGAAUCCUGGGGAAUUGGCUGCAGGAUCAACCCUGUGGCCAGUCCUUGCCCUCCUUUUUGCCCUCUCACGAUACAAGCAGAGAGCCAAACAGCUUCAAGACAUGCCUAGAUUGCCGUCUCCAUACAAUAAGCAAUCGGCUGUCGGGGGUGCAGGUGGCGGUCCUGGGGGUGGAACGAGUAUACCCUUACCUGCCACCGUAGCAGCCACCAGAAGGUGCCCUCCGGAUAAAGUUAGACCUGCUCCAACACCAACGCAUCAAUCACAACUUGGUGGAUUGAAACACGGAAACGGUGGCAUCGGAAGUGCUAGCAGCUCCAGAAGCACAAGUCCAAGUCAACAGCAACCACCUCAAGGUGGACUCUCAUUCAUUCCUCAACCCAGAAAUCAAAAUUCAACCAACAGACAAACCGCAGCUACUACGCCGAGUCCUCGCACAUCAACGGUGGGCAAACCAACGGGCACGAGGGGCAGCCAGCAGUCUCCGUACGCCUCAUCAGGUCCGCCAACCCAACAGAACAAGAACUCCGUCCUGGACAAGUUCAAACUCUUCAACAACAAAGAAAAGAAUCAAGACCGCGGUAAAGCCUCAUCCGGAGUAUCGAAACGUACAUCGAGUUCCUCCGGUUUCUCCUCAGCGAGAUCAGAGCACUCCGACAGUUCAACAUCUCUAUGCGACCAGAGCAGGGUUCAGGUGGAGUCUCCGAAGAACCGUGCCCUGAAAUCGAAGCUGCAGUCCACGAAGCCGACCAAACAAGCCAGCCCGAAGACCGCCAGAAAGGAGCAGAGCAAAGGGCAAAGCAAGAUCGCCCGAACGAAAGGAGCGGCUGACAAAUUGCUGAGUUAUAAUCCACCUCUGGAAGAUGUCAAACUCAGCAGCAAGAUCGGUGGGGUGGGCACGAAGUUGGCUGCCGACAAGAAGUCCCCGAAUCUGCAGGAUCUGUUGAAGCAGCAGCCGGUCAGCCAGCUGCAGAAGCCGAAUCCUUCGAUGCUGGCUGGCAAGCAGAUCAAUGCGCAGGACGCGAAGAACAUCGCGAAGAACGAGGCUGUGAAGCAGCCACCCAGGCCGAAGAUGGAGUUGCCGAAGAUACCGGACGCUAAGAUACAGCUGCAGAGCGUGAAGGUGCCGCCUAACGGCCUGAACAAGGAUGUCCUGAUGCAGAAGGGGUUGAUGAGCAACUCCAACGGGAUGAUCAAGCAACCCGAUCAGGAGGAGACGCGUAUCGAGAAUAAUGACCACGCGCUGUCCAUGAUGAAUCAGGCUAAUUUGUCGGAGGAGAAGUCCGCGAUCGAGAGGCAGAAGGAGAUCGUCGAGAAUGUGGCGACGAACAAUCAUUCGGUGACGUUGGACAACGGUAGCCCGUCCAAACAACACGCGAGCUUGCCCACGAAAGCUAAAGCUCCGAAUGAAGAAGUGGAACGCGCGAACAGAAAGCAAACACCGCCCUCCUCCCCUCGUCACAACCCGGAAACAACGAUAGACGCGAAAAUGGCGACCAUUCAAGAAAACGGCUCGACUCAGCCGAACAAUGCGCCGUCUCAGGAACAGCUCUCGAAUGCGCUGAAUUUUGGCCAGAAUAAGCAGCAGCUUCCGGUUCUCGGCAGCCCGCUCCAGGGCUCCGCGCUGAACGCUUCCGGGAGCCCCGGCUCCAGCAUUCCGAAGCCCACGGCCUUGGUGAAAGGCACCUCGAAACCGCCGAAGGAAAACAGCAUAGCCGGCGUUGCGACGCCCACGAAAUUGAAGGCAGACGCUUUGCAUCGCAAACUCGACCCGAACACCGUUGCAAUGGUGUCACCUAUGCCGAGUAUUUCGGAUCUCAUGUCCGAGAGCUCGCACAGCAACUCGAACAGCACCGGACAGAGCAACUCCAGCGAUAGCAGCGUUAUUUAUAGGCCCAGCAGCGAGAGCGGGAGUGAGAUCAAGACAAUACCUAAUAGAAAAAUCGACACGACCUUCGAGCAGAUGGAGAAGCCUAUGUUGCAGGUACUGUCCGAAAGUUCGAGUUGCGGAGGGGGUUCAAUGGGGGACGACGAGGCAGAAAUGACGGUGAAACCCAUGCAACCCCUGCUCCGCGGUUACACGCCGGGCGCGAGAGCCCUGCAGACUUUGCCCAGCAGAACAACCGCUCGACAAUAUACGAUUCUUCAUUCUUCCUCUCAUCAUCAUGUCGGUCACGAUUACGCGGACAUCGACGUCGCCUCCGGUUAUCUCAGCGACGGAGAAGUUCUUCGCGGUGGUAUGACCGUCGGCAGCAGAACUUUGUCCGAUUUAUGCGACGGUUACAUGUCCGAGGGUGGUGCUUCCUUGUACGCUCGGAGAAUCAAUCCGUCUUAUGGCCACGAUCACGAGAGAUACGUGGGUGGCUCGAGGCGAGAGCUGUCGGGGGUGAAGGAACUGGUGACCUCGAGGAGGGUGCAGAAGAGACCCUCAGCUACCGUAGUAAGGUCGGAUGGAGGUUGCAUCGGGGGCAGUCCAGGAAGUGGCGGCAUCAUCGGGGGUGGUUUGCUAGGCGGUUGCAGCGGUGGCAACGACGCCUUGGCGGAGUUAACCAUCGAGGACCUGGCAUCUAUUCCCGCCGGAAAUCACACCUCCGCCAAUCACACGGGCCAUUCCUCUCAUCACAAGAGAGUGCCGGGUGGUGGCGGCGUGAUUGUGGGGGGUGGCAGUAGUUCGGCCACCCCCCAAGGUGGGCAACAGGGCAGCAACCUGGUGUACCGGGUGGUGAGCUCCAGGCAUCCUGGUGGUCAUCAUCCUCACGUGAAGAAGUCGGACAGCUCUCAGCAAACAGACAGCUCGGCGUUCAAGCACCAGCAGCAACAGCAAGGCUCGAACAGCUCGGGAAACAGUAGCUCGAAUAGCCAGCAAUGGAAGAAGUACAUCGAGGCUGGAGCUGCCAGGGAUCGGGAAAGAGACAAGGAGGGCGCACCCCCGAGUCCUAGUCCCUCCAGGCGAUCCCAGGAUAAACACCGUAAACAGGCCAUGGCUGAAUAUGCGAAUGGCGAGAAACCGCAAAAAAUUUCGUCGGGAACAUCGACCAGUGGCAGCAGCAAAGUCAGGGGUGUACCCCAAAGCUUCGGAUACGUUAAAAGACACAGUGCCGGCACUAGUCCCAGCCCUAAUGGGGUCCAGAAUGGGAAGGAUGCUACUCGAACUGCUCAAGUCAGCGCCGUUCCACGAACGAAGGUUAAGGUGUCUGGAGGAACUCAAACGUGUACCACGGAGCUGCAAGCUAAUUCUUCAGGAUCAAGUCAAGGACAUCACUACAAGAGUUACAGUCUCACAGGACCAAGUGCCAGUCAGCUUUCUCAGUCGGUUCGAGAUCGUCUUAUGCUCGGAUCGCAGAGUUUGCCGAAACCUGGCAGCCCAGAGUUUACGGCACUGUUUGCGUCCGCGCAUCAUCGAGAAAGAGGAUCCGGUGGUGGACCAACUGGCACGUCCUUUUCACCGAGAGUACUCAAACCUUCUGAUGGAAGCCUCAGCGAUACGUGCAGCAAUUAUGCGGCACCUGAUCUUCAAGGUUAUUACACGCCUAAUAGUCCGUACACCACGUCCUGGAUGAGACAUAGUAACACCUAUACACCUAGUGGACGCUCUCAAGGAAUGGGUUUGUGCGAAGCAGACAGCGUCGAAUCAUUAGGAUCGCAUCGAGCAAGUUUGACCCACGCCCGUUUACUGAUGCAUCAAAGAGACUCCACAGGAUCUCCAGCUCCACCCAGACUCAAUCGAAGUAACUCGAUCAGAUCCACGAAAAGCGAAAAAAUGUAUCCGUCGAUGUUAGCUAGAGGAAGCGGAGCUUCAUCUUCCGUUGGUGAGGAAGUCGGGGUCGGGAUAGGAAUGGGAGUGGGCGUUGAACCUUAUUACAGUGUUCCUGUAGGAUCUACCGGGUGUACAGGACAACACUGGUCUCAACCGACGUCCCCGACGCCUACACAUACCUCGCGGCAACCACCUAACCUUUAUCAACACGUGCACAAGGAUGAUGAUAUCCACGGUUCUUCUGUAUCUUUGGUAUCGACAGCGAGCAGUCUGUACAGUUCAGCCGAGGAGAAACAGGCACACGAGCUGAGAAAACUGCGACGAGAGUUAAUGGACGCUCAGGAAAAGGUCCACUCCUUGACCAGCCAACUAUCUACUAACGCGCACGUGGUGUCGGCUUUCGAGCAGUCGCUGUCUAACAUGACACAACGUUUGCAACAACUCACUGCAACUGCCGAAAAGAAAGAUUCCGAGCUGCAGGAGCUUCGAGAGACGAUCGAAAGGCUUCGAAAACAGAGCGCCGAAGCCGGCCUGAACAACGGACCGUCCGCGAACAACGGUCGCCGUCACACUCUCGGCGAUUCUGAUUCCGGGACCACCGGGUGCACCGGGAACAGCAAUCACCAGGGUGCUUCGAUGGCGAGGCAGUUGUCCGCGGAUAGUGUCACGUCGCUGAAUUCGUUGAGCAGCGCAUGUUCGGCGAGCAGCCACCAAAAGAAGAAGGGCUGGCUUCGUAGCUCUUUUUCGAAGGCUUUCUCGAGGUCGCGAAAGAACAGACACGGCUCCGUUUCCGAUGCUGAGGACUGCAAAGAAACCACCAGCGGAGAUCUCAGUGCACCCAACAGUCCCAGGUUACCCACCGCUGCCAAACACGACUCCGCCAAGGGACAGGGUACUAGAAGCAACGGGCAAAAGUCUCCGGAAGUCGAGAAUCCUCUGACUGGAAGCAAGAGCAGCUCUGCGUUGUACAAGAAAGAGGACGAGGAUGUUGUCGAGCUGAAGAAACAACUGAGGGAAAAGGAUCUUGUGUUGACCGACAUUAGGCUCGAAGCUCUUUCUUCGGCUCAUCAGUUGGAGUCCUUGAAGGACACCGUCAUCAAAAUGAGGAACGAGAUGCUCAAUCUGAAGCAGAACAACGAACGUCUGCAAAGACUAGUAACAUCAAAGUCUCUAACAUCCUCGCAGUCGUCGUUGCCCAGUGAUCCAGACAGACGUUUCAGCAUGACAGAAGUGGCUUCCACCGUCGCUGCACUCGCAAACGGCGACAGCAGUGGAACCACAGAUCAGUUGGAAGACUUGAACGUACCAGAACAUACAGUGGUGCCAUCAAACACCUCCACAGUCGGGGAGCCAACGUUGGAACAGGACACAGACGGGAAAAGGAUCAAUGUGGCCAUCUAUCUGGGCAGCGAGAAGAAUUUCAAUUACAACCUUGUGACUGGGAGUACUUCGGAUGGCAGCAUGGGUGAACCUCCUCACUGUGUGAUCGCGAACGUGUGCAUCAGCAAUAAAACAACGUGGGACUCGCUGGAUUCAACCGUGAGACGUUGUUUCAAGGAAUACGUUUCCAGAGUAGAUCCUGUGACGAAUUUGGGUCUGGGCGUUGAAUGCGUCUCCGCUUAUCACCUUGGCGAAGCUUCUAGAUGUACGACAGACUCUCAGCAUCCAGAAUUGCUUCCCUGCGGCUACCUGAUUGGCCACGUGAAGACUAUUUAUUUGGUGCUUUCCGGUUACUCGUGGCUCGCCGUGGACACUCUAAUACCGCGAUCCAUUGUGCAGCGAUUGAUAUCUCUGCUGACCGAGCAUCGUCGGGUUAUUCUAUGCGGACCGAGUGGCACCGGCAAGAGCUAUUUAGCCGGAAAAUUGGCUCAUGCCUUGGUAGAUGCAGAUAACGAUACGAAGGAUGCGACCGCGGUGGCUACAUUCAACGUCGAUCACAAAUCCAGCAAAGAACUCAGACAGUAUCUCGCGCACAUCGCUGAAAGAUGCGACUCCAACGCAGCCGAUGAACUACCCAGAGUGAUCAUUCUUGAAAAUCUCCAACACGCUGCGUCAUUAGGAGAGUUGUUCAGCGGCCUUCUCGGCACCAGACACUCGUCCUGUCCAGCCAUCAUCGGAACCAUGAGUCAGGCUACCUGUAGCACCACGAAUCUUCAGUUACAUCACAACUUUAGGUGGGUGCUGUGCGCCAAUCACAUGGAGCCAGUAAAAGGUUUCUUGGGCCGUUACCUCAGACGAAAACUAUUGGAGCAUGAGUUACGCGAAUGCGGCGGUACCAGGAACGCAGAAAUGGCAGCGGUGGUUGAAUGGUUACCACGGGUUUGGCUACAUCUCAACAAGUUCCUAGAAACGCAUAGCAGCUCCGACGUGACUAUAGGUCCACGGCUAUUUCUGUCCUGUCCGAUGGAAGUAACGGGUUCUCAAGUAUGGUUCACGGACCUGUGGAACUACUCCGUAAUACCAUAUCUGGUCGAAGCGGUUAGGGAAGGAUUAACACUUUACGGCAGACGUGUGAGUGGAAAUGGAAACGGCGACUCUUCCUGGGAAGAUCCAGCUCAAUUUAUCACUUCGAGCUAUCCGUGGAUUUCUACGCACGCGGUGCACGGCGGCAGUGAUGCUCUGCUUCGUUUACGGCCUGAAGACGUUGGUUAUGAUGUCGUUACUUCGGGACACACUUCCGGGGUCGGCGCAUCCAGCGUAAAAAGUCUCGGCAGCACGCACAGCGACACUGAAGGAGAUCCGCUGCUGAACAUGUUGAUGAGGUUACAGGAAGCAGCCAAUUAUUCGAGUCCUCACAGCAACGACAGUGACUCGAUUACCUCCCUUGACUCGUCGCACACUCGACACUCUGAAGAUUUGAGUUCAUCAACGUCUUCGUCGAGGGGCGUAGAAUCAGCGCUUUAAUUUGAUAGUUCUUACUGCCAGCGACGAGAGCAAGGCAGUACUUUUAAAGACGAUCAUGUGCAUCGGGCCAGUUUGUAACAAGCAGUUUCUCAAAAACGAUUUAUACUAUUCGAGACGUAAAAUGCGCAAAAAAGAGUGACACAAAAAAAAACGAAAAAAAAGCCAAAAGAAAUAAAAAGAAUCAAAAAUAAAUUUUGGAUAUCUUUAGGAUACAGAUCUUUCCUUUUUUUAACUUUUUACAAUGAAGUUACAUAUAUCAAACGAACGGCGAAUUAUGGAACUAUAAAAGCGAAAACCAAGAGGAGUUUUCGACAGUACGUGAUAUUAUUGAUGCUCUUUAUAAAAUACGUCCUUCUAUUUGCUCUUACGUAAGGUGCGGAGCGAUGUGCAUUACAAAUGAAAAAAAAAAGAAAAGAAUGAUAAAUGUCAAGAAUUUUUCGAAUGCCUACAACUGGCCUAUAUUUAUUCUAGAUUUUUUAUGUGCGUAAAGCACCUCGGUGUGAUAUGUAAUUAAAACUUAAGUAAGAGACGCAUGUCUUGGAACGUUUGGACGUAAACGUGUACAGCAACUAGUGUACGCGAUGCAAUAAUUCACGCUGCCGUUACGGAAGUACGAAUCUAUUUUAAACAGAUACAUUUCUACGAUCAAAUCAAGUACGAUUAAGAUGUAACUUGACGCGAAUCUUCUACUCGAGAAAUUUGGAUGGAAUAUACAGUAUUAUCGUGUAAGUCGUGUAAUACAACAAAAAAAAGAGGUCUUCGAACUGAGCCAUGAUUUUAGGGAUCGAGAAACCGUCAUUCCUCUCGUCCAUUAUCUUCAGGUAAUAGAGCUAAUCUUAAUCGAUAGACAGAUCUCAUGGACGGAACACGCUCAAACGAAGUGUAUUUGUCUCGCCUUUAGGAAUGCAGCGCAGUUCGAAGCGAAUACUGGAUGGUGUGCGUGCAAAAAUAGUCUAUUUAUACAUACUUUGCUACGAGAACUAUAUUUAAUUAAAAAAAAAUGUUAAUAUAAUAAUAAUAUAUACACGUACACACGGCGUACAUACACACAUACACACACGUACACAACUUAACAAUGACGGCGCUAAAUGUAUGUUACGGAUUAAAUUUAUAAUUAAGAUACGUGAGUAAUUCUGGUCAUGUAACAUUGUAAAUACGAGCGAGACAUUACGAUAGCACUAGAUGCAAAUCGGUUUGAGGUCUCAGUUGCUAGCCAGCGAGUUCUUUUUUUUUUUUAUAACGAUGUAAAGUGUAAAAAAAAACGAUAGAAGGCAAAGGAAUUGAUCCCUUAUGUGCAACAUGUCGGAGAGACAGAAAACAGGCUAUGCAGACUAUACAUAUUGUACAUGUUCAACAGGUUUUCAAACCGAUCCUCGAACUUCGAUCGGUGGUACGUGGUGAAUACGAGAUGUGCAUGUAACGUAAUAAUAAUUAUACAGUCGCAUUUACAGGUUUUUUACGUUUGUAACGUAUUUAUACGCUGUACGACGCUGCACUCGAACUUUAUUCAAAUAACAAUAAUUAUUGUGUCAUCAAAUAAAUCACACUAAAACUUUAAA